UUCACUCCCGUUCAAAUGUAGAGUAGCAUCCUCCAACAACAUAUUUGGACGCACCGAGGAUCCAUUCGUGCCUCAGAAGGGAUGGCUGAAGACAAAGUGGAGCUUCACAACAUGGAGAAAGCUCUGAUGGAUAAGAUGGGACAGCAUGAUGUGAGAGACCCGAACCUGUUUGAGCGGCUCUUCCAGCCGUGUGUAGCCGAGCUGGUGGGAACCGCUUUCUUUGUGUUCAUCGGGUGUGUGUCCGUCAUUGAAAACGUGUCGGACGCCGGCAGACUACAGCCCGCGCUGGCUCACGGGCUCGCGGUGGCGGUGCUCAUCGCAUGUAUGGCAGAGAUCAGUGGUUCACAUUUCAAUCCAUCAUUCACCAUUGCCGUCUACCUCUGUGGUGGGAUGGAGUUGAAAAUGGUGGCGCCGUACCUGAUCUCUCAGCUUACUGGAGGUUUACUUGGUGCAGUCAUGGCCAACGGAAUGACCUCAAAUGAGAAAUAUGCACAAGCUCAAGGUGCGGCAUUUACGGUUCUCCAGGCUGAUGACCAUGUUUGGAAGCCGUUAUUUGGAGAAAUUGCCAUGACGUGUCUUGUUACCAUGGUGGUUUUACUGGGUGCAGUUAAUGCCAAGAGCAAAAGUCCGUUGGUGCCAUUUUUGGUGGGCUGCACAGUAAUUAUUAAUGUACUAGUGGGUGGUGAUGUGUCUGGUACGUGCUUAAAUCCUGCGAGAGCGUUGGGUCCUGCAGUGCUGACCAACUACUGGACUCACCACUGGGUUUACUGGGUGGGACCCAUUACUGGUGGCCUUAUCGCUGCUGCAUUAGUCAGAAUUUUGCUCGGAGACAACAACACCCGUCUACUGAUGAAGUAACAUUCAGUACAGCUUUCAAACAGACUUCUGGUUUUUAUUUUCUUAAUUCUCUGUCUUCUUUUGAGUGCACAAGAAUUGAACUUAUUCUGAUGAUUUGCCCAUUUCAUUUAGUUCAAUAAAAAUGUCAGAUCAUUUGCAGGCCUAAAUCCUGCUGUGAAGCUGAAUGGGGAAAGGUUGCUCUGGUGAAUAUUAAUACUAUUUAAAAUUGUAUAUUUUAAAUUAGGAAAUUUUUAAAUGGAAUGGAAAUUCUAAAUAUAAUACAUUAUAUCCACACUUUAAUUUACACAAUUGCAGUAUUCUAUUAUUUUAUGUUCAUUCAUUAUGCACAUUUUUAUGCCCUUACAUUACCCAUUUCUUGGUAAUUAAUCAGAAUAAACUCUGCAAUACAAAUGAAAUGACUCUUUUUUU